UGCAACAAUCGAAUUCAAAUCAAAGCUGCAGGAAGCUCAAAGUCUAAGGGUUCUGAGAUGUGUCACAGCUAAACAGGGGACAAUCGUGAGAGUAACUGUAGAGAAUCACCAUUCAAGAUCAAAAUGGAAGAAUUUUCUGAUAACGAACAUGACUACAAUUACCAUGACCAUAACAACAGUUCUAACCACAGUGACUAUGACACGGAUUAUGAAAUGCACACAGUUUGCGACAAACAAGAAGUCCGGUCUUUUGCUGGGGUUUUUUUGCCAGUUGUCUACACACUAGCAUUGAUUCUGGGCCUGGCCGGAAAUUCCCUGGUUGUAUUCGUUUACCUUUCCCACAAGCGCUUACGGACCCUGACAGACGUAUUCAUCCUCAACCUGGCCUUCGCAGACCUCCUCCUGCUCCUCACGCUGCCCUUCUGGGCAGCAGAUGCAGUACACGGCUGGGAGAUUGGUAUAGCCGCCUGUAAGAUCACCUCCGCCCUCUAUUCCACCAACUUCAGCUGUAGCAUGCUGCUGCUAGCCUGCAUUAGCAUAGACCGCUAUCGUGCUCUUGCCAGAGGCUCCACCGCAACCCAUGCCCCAACCUGGAUCAAUGGCAGAAGGCAGAGGAUGAUCAUGUGCCUACUGGUUUGGGGACUCGCCAUUGUCCUGGGAUUGCCAGAUAUGGUGUUCUACACAGUGACAAACUCCAGUGGCCGUAAUGCCUGCCGGGCGGUUUACCCUCAAAGCAUGGCACGGGCAGCUAAGGCAACUAUGGAAAUUGUGGAAGUGUCUCUGAGCUUUCUUCUGCCUUUCUUGGUGAUGAUGUUCUGCUAUUGCAGUGUGGGAGUAGUGUUGAGUAAGUCCGCUACAGCGGGGGUACGCGGCGGGAGAAGAUGGCGAGCGUUUCGGGUGUUAAUAGCGGUAGUAGGCGUGUUUCUAGCGACUCAGCUCCCAUAUAAUCUGGUAAAACUGGUCAGAGCCCUGGAUGUGAUUUACAUUUUAGUGACAGAAUGUGAGCUGAGCAAAAAUCUGGACCGGGCCACUCAAAUUACUGAGAGUCUGGCCCUCACGCAUUGCUGCCUGAAUCCCGUACUCUACGUCUUUAUCGGAUCGUCCUUUAAAAUGCAUGUUCUGAAGCUGGUCAAACGCUGUAGCCAGACAGGCAGAGGGUAUCGGCAUGGCAACGAGCAGCCCACUGUUGAGAUCUCCCUUAAGUCAGGCACACAAGUCCACACUCAUUCUUUGUCGGAAAAUGAAGACACGAGUACGUUCACCAUAUGACAUGGCAAUGACUAUGAGGACUGACAAGUAUAUACCAGAACUUUAUAUGUAAAUGUAAAGGUGUUUAAGUAACUUGGAGAAGAACAGUCAUGUACAAUGUUCAUUAAGUCCAAAGUAUAGUUCAGUUAUGUCCAAGUACAGUUUUAAACUCGUAUAAUAGUGAAUACAAGGCCUCAGAACAUGCACACUACAGUUUCAUCUAUGUGUGCAUCUCCAGUGUCUGUAAUAUUCCUCUCCAGAAGUUAUGACAAAUGCUGUUGUAUUAGCUAUUUUUUAAACCAGAACUGCAGGUACUGUAUCUCUUAACCCCAUCAUACAAAUGCUCAUCUAUUGUUACUGUUGCUGCCAUGUCCGUUACUUUUUUUGACAGUAAAACAAAAGUUCAGGCUGUGUUGCCAAAUUGUUGACAAAAUAAUCAGUGCAAAGGAAUUCAAGUCACAUGUGCAAGCUUGAGCAUACAGUUUAUGUGCAGUUAGAAAAAUCCAGCUGGGUGUAUACAGUAUGCACACACUAUUCUGAUGAUGAAACGUGCACUGUACAAAUCUCAGGUCAGGUCACCUUUAAGUAUAUAGCACUUUAUACUAUACAGAUUGUUUCAAAGAAUCUUUUGCAGUGAUAACAGGAAAAUUACUCAAUGACACAAAUUUUGUGUUAAUUUUGGCUGUACAUGUAGCAUCUCUAAAAGAAAAUGUUCUGAAUGUUCAUCUGAAGUCAUUUAAGUGUUGAUUCAGUUAAAUUGUAAAGAUCAUCAAUUAAUAAAUUAGUUAAUUUAAUCUAUAAAGCAAUCCUACAGAAAAACAGAAAUAACGUCACCCAGCUCAGAUCAGUUCUCAUCCAAUAGUGUCAGUGCAGUCAAAUCAAUAACAUUGUGUCCCCAACUAAACAAGCCAGAGGCGACAGUGGCAAGGAACCCAAACUCAGAAAAAAAUAAAAAUUCUGAGAAUUUCUGAGAACUGAGAAAACAGUUCUCCUCUGGCCAACGAACGAACACAUUGUGAUUAUGAUUCAAGCUAAUCAGAAAUCAGAUUGUGGAUCAGCAGCAUUCAAAUAUUUAACUCAGUUCCUUUUGCUUGAAGAUCAGAUUCAUCACAGGAGUAGGAGACGAGCCUCGUCUCCAUACUGCCUACUACCUGAUCUUCAAGCAAAGGACUUGUCUGGUUCUUUCAGAUCAAAUCAUGUUGUUCAUCAGUAAACUUGCAUGGAAUCUGUGCCUAAAGAAAUCCAUAGAACCUGUCGUUAACAUGCCUUGUGCGUUUAUUAAAUAUUUUGGUUACUAAUGGUCUCUGGUAAGAAAAAUAUCGUUCUUGAUUCAGUUUGAGUUAAUUACAUUACACAAUAUCCCCACAUCAGAGCAGAAAAUGGAAAAAGCGGUGCACAGAUUCCAUGUGGGAGCGUUUAUCAGUUAUUAUAUUGACUCCUUAUAGAAAGUGUAUAUGGAACCCAGGGAUCUUGUGUAGAAACGAUACCCUGUUUCCAAGAAGUUAUGUAUUUGUAAAGUAAUAAUAUAUAUCUCCAAUGUAAAUAUAUUUUUUAAUUAAAGCAUACUUUAUAUACUUGGA